UUAGCUAGCUCCACAGCUAGCUACAGUGGAUCCCAAAAGCCACGGCGCUGGCCAUGCCGUCGAGUGUGCGGGCCGGGAACCUGAAGGACCCGGAGGUGGCUGAGCUGUUCUGCAGGGAGGAUCCUGAGAAGCUCUUCACAGACCUGAGGGAGAUUGGUCAUGGGAGCUUUGGGGCAGUCUACUUUGCCCAUGACAUCCGCACAAAUGAGGUGGUGGCAAUCAAGAAGAUGUCCUAUAGUGGCAAACAGUCCAAUGAGAAAUGGCAGGAUAUCAUCAAGGAAGUGAAGUUCCUCCAGAAACUGCGCCACCCCAACACUGUGGAGUAUCGUGGCUGCUACCUGAGAGAGCACACAGCCUGGCUGGUGAUGGAGUACUGCUUGGGUUCAGCCUCUGACCUCCUAGAAGUCCACAAGAAGCCCCUCCAAGAAGUGGAAAUAGCUGCCAUAACCCAUGGUGCAUUGCAGGGACUGGUGUAUCUUCAUUCUCACAACAUGAUUCACAGGGAUGUGAAAGCAGGAAACAUCUUGCUAACAGAGCCAGGUCAGGUCAAACUGGGAGACUUCGGCUCUGCCUCUAUAGUUGCCCCAGCCAACUCCUUCGUGGGAACACCUUACUGGAUGGCCCCUGAGGUGAUCCUCGCCAUGGACGAGGGGCAGUACGACGGGAAGGUGGAUGUGUGGUCACUUGGCAUUACCUGCAUAGAGCUGGCGGAAAGGAAGCCUCCUCUGUUCAACAUGAAUGCUAUGAGUGCCUUAUACCACAUCGCCCAGAAUGAGAGCCCUGUGUUACAGUCUAAUCACUGGUCUGAUUAUUUUCGCAAUUUUGUGGACUCCUGUUUGCAAAAGAUCUCCCAGGACAGACCUACCUCUGAUGUGCUGCUCAAGCACCAUUUCCUAUGCAGAGAGCGUCCCAUGACCGUUGUGAUGGACCUGAUUGCCCGCACUAAGGAUGCUGUCCGUGAGCUAGACAACCUUCAGUAUCGCAAAAUGAAGAAGAUCCUCUUUCAUGAGGCACACAAUGGUCCAGCACCAGAAGGAGGCGAUGAUGAAGAGGAUGUGGAACAGUAUAUGUUACGCACUGGCACAGUCAACAGCAUGGAGAGCUCCCACUCGCUGCCAUCCAUGUCGAUCAGCGCCAGCUCCCAGAGUAGCUCGGUCAACAGCCUGGCAGACGGCUCGGACGACAGCGGGGAGAUGGCCAUGAUGCAGGAGGGGGAGCACACCGUCACCUCCAACAGCUCUGUCCUGCACAAACCCCUGAGCCAUGACAACAUCUACGAUGAUCCGUAUCAGCCAGAGGCUGACUCGCAACGAGAACCUUCAUCUGGCGGCGGUGGUGGUGGUGGUGGUGGAGGAGGAGGAGGCAGACGUCGGCGCAGAGAUCACUUUGCCACCAUAAGGACGGCUUCACUGGUGACUCGUCAGAUCCAGGAACAUGAACAGGGAUCGGCUCUCAGAGAGCAGAUGUCUGGGUACAAGCGGAUGCGGCGGCAGCACCAGAAACAGCUGAUGGGCCUGGAGAACAAGCUGAAGGCAGAGAUGGACGAACACCAGCUGAGACUUGACAAAGAACUGGAGAAUCAGAGGACCAACUUCUCUAUGGAAAUAGAAAAACUGUCCAAAAAGCACCAGGCGGUCCUGGAGAAGGAGACAAAGGCCGUCCUGACUGAGGAGAAGAAGUUCCAGCAGCACAUACUGGGCCAGCAGAAGAAGGAAUUGACCGGUCUCCUUGAUUCCCAGAAACGACAGUAUCGACAGCGCAAGGAGCAGCUUAAAGAGGAACUGAAUGAGAACCAGUCAACACCAAAGCGGGAGAAACAGGAAUGGUUGGUGCACCAGAAGGAGUGUAUGCAGCAGCUGCAGGCAGAAGAAGAAGCCGGUCUGCUGCGAAGGCAGAGACAGUAUUAUGAGCUGCAGAGUCGCCAGUAUAAGAGAAAGAUGCUGCUGGCACGCCACAACCUGGAGCAAGAUCUGCUCAGAGAGGAUCUAAACAAAAAGCAGACUCUGAAAGAUCUGGAGUGUGCCAUGCUGCUGCGCCACCACGAGUCAACCCAGGAGCUGGAGUUCCGGCAGCUGAGUUUGGUGCAGCGUACGCGGGCCGAGCUAAUUCGCACCCAGCACCAGACGGAGCUCACCAACCAGAUGGAGUACAACAAGAGGCGCGAACAGGAGCUACGUCAAAAACACGCCGUGGAGGUCCGCCAGCAGCCCAAGAGCCUGAAAUCCAAAGAGCUUCAGAUAAAGCGUCAGUUCCAGGACACCUGCAAGAUCCAAACCCGUCAGUACAAGGCGCUGAGGAACCACCUGCUGGAGAACACGCCCAAGUCGGACCACAAGGCCGUGCUGAAGCGGCUGAAGGACGAGCAGACCCGUAAGCUGGCCAUCCUGGCCGAGCAGUACGACCACUCCAUCAAUGACAUGCUGUCCACACAGGCUCUGCGGUUGGACGAGACUCAGGAAGCGGAGUACAAGGUGCUGAGGAUGCAGCUGCAGCAGGAGCUGGAGCUGCUCAACGCCUACCAGAGCAAGAUCAAGAUCCACACCGACACGCAGCACGAGAGGGAGGUCAAGGACCUGGAGCAGAGGGUCUCCAUCCGCCGCGCCCUGCUGGAGCAGAGGAUAGAGGAGGAGAUGUUGGCCCUACAGAAUGAGCGCUCGGAACGUAUCCGCACCCUCUUGGAGCGGCAGGCCAGCGAGAUUGAGGCCUUUGACUCUGAGAGUCUCCGUCUGGGCUUCAGCAACAUGUUGCUGACGGGCAUGCCCGGUGACGGCUACACCAAGCAGGGCUACUCCAACGCUCCGUCCUCCAGCUCUCGCGCUGUCGGCCACUGGAGCCACGGCGUGCAUCAACAGAUCCCGUCCUCGCAGCAGCUCCCUCGCCGCAGUCACAACAGCAGCAGCAGCAGUGGCGUCAGCAGCGGUGCCGGGGACCGGAGGAGCGAGUCCUCCUCUUCCUCCCAUGGCUUGGCAUUGGCUCUGGGUCAUGGGCGGGACGGGAGGGACCUGCAGCAUUCAUCCCGCUCCUCCGCCUCCUCUUCCUCAUCCUCCUCCUCGUCUUCCUCCCACCACCAGCGCCACCACCUGCCCCAGCACUACCAUCACCAGAGCACGCCGCAGCUCUACCGGGAGCGGGAGAGGGAUCGAGAUAGGGAGCGGGAGAAGGAAAGGGAGCGGGAAUGGGCUGGAGUGCGAGGCUCAGGAGGAGACCUGGCCCACCCACACCCCAUGCCAUUCUCCCAUCACCUCCCCUCACGCUCGUCCUCUCAGUCCCUGGCUAUGCUACCUCCCCCGCCGCCUGCUCCUCCCUCCAUUUCUGGCCCAUCCUCCUCUUCUUCCUCCUCCUCCUCCUCACAGGUAGGGAUAUUUGGAGGCGGUGGGCUGGCUGUGCGUGGUACCCCCAAUCUGAUGGCCCUGAGGAACAGCCCCCAGCCUCUGAGGAGGACGGCGUCAGGCGGGGGGCCUGGAGGUGCCGGUGGCAGUGAUGGCGUCCUGAGCCGAAGCACCUCAGUAACAUCGCACAUCUCCAAUGGCUCCCACCUCUCCUACUCUUAGAGAGGAGGAGGAACAUCACACUAAAGGAGGGAGAGAGACUUCUUUUAGAAGGUAGCUAUCACAGGCUGCAUCUUAGUCAUUUCAGUUUGCCCCCUUCCCUUAUUCCUUUCCAACUCUUUGGACAGUUGAG